GUGUACUUAACUGCUGUCUGCUGUUCCUGUCUGUGACCUCUAUUUCCAGCCAUGUACAAAAGUCUCCAGAAUUGGUAUUUCAUGUGGGGAGAGACAAUCAGGGACCCUGGCUCGGAAUCACUUGAAUGAGAAGAGAGAUAAGGUAAGGAAAAGGCAUAUGAAACUGGUAAGAUGGUGAUGCAUAUCCAGCACCAGAAAUCUCUGCACCAGAAGUUCUCCUGCUGUAUAUUGAAAGAGCGCAUCCGUGAGAACAUUUGGCGUUAAACCACUGGGGGACAAAGAUAGAAAAUGUCUGACAAUUCUGAAAACAAACAAACAAAAAGAGGAGUCAGCACAAGUUCCCUCCUCAUUAAGAAAUGGAACAGACUGGGAACAACGAGGUACACCAAGAUAAAAGCAUAAGUGUAUUUUCAGAGCUGCGGGGACCCUAACUCUGUAAUGGCAACAGGCAUGGAGCGGAACUUGUGCCAUCCUUAUGCCAUGGAGUUUUCCCCAGCAAGACAUCUGCCCUUCGCAGACUUUGGAAAACAUAGAUGUGAAAAUAAAUUCAAACACAUCUGCAAUUGCAGAGGACAAGUGAUUGAAGUGCAGGAAACACCUCUUGCUAACUUUAACUUUGCUAAUACAGUGAGUCGGCACUACACACAUAUGCACACAAAAUCUGGGAUUUCCUUUAUGAAUGGCUGAAAUUCCAGUCUUGCCUGGCAGAAGGGAGUUGUUUAAGCUUCACAGCAUCACUGAUACACAGAAUUUUCUCACUACAGCCCCAAGAAAAAGUUUCCUGUCUGAUACCUGCUGCAGGCUGUGACAGCUGAACAGAGCAAACUGCACGGGGCUGCGGCUGCCAGAGGACCCUUGAACCCUCGGUGUGAAGGCACAUUCCGCGCCCCGAGCCAGGCCUACGAGGAGCCGCCAGCAGGUCCAGCAUCUCUCGGCCGAGUCGGCGAGACCCUGGGAGCGACCGCAGGCGGGGCUGCGGAGGCCCCGCGGGGCCCGGGCCGGCCGGCCUGCCCCGGGAAGGGCCUCGGGAGCCCCUCCAUCCUUUCCCUUCUCUUUCUUUCUCUAAAGGCUGAGUCCUUGGGUUUGAAGACUUGACAUCACUGAGACUGAUGCUCGGACCUUCAAGAGAAGAGACUUUCUGACGGCCGUGCUCCACUCCACCUGACCCUAUGACUGGAGGGUUCACCGUAGCUCCGUCCUUUGCUCUCCAGUUCCACAAGAUGGGUUCAUUCAGAAGGCCCCGACCUCGCUUCAUGAGCUCCCCAGUCCUCAGUGACCUGCCACGGUUCCAGGCAGCCCGGCAGGCUCGGCAGCUCAGCUCCAACUCUGCCUGGAACAGUGUUCAAACAGCAGUGAUAAAUGUAUUCAAAGGGGGAGGCUUGCAGAACAAUGAACUUUACACCCUCAAUGAAAAUAUCAGACGGCUGCUGAAGAGUGAACUUGGAUCGUUCAUCACAGAUUACUUUCAGAACCAGCUCCUUGCGAAAGGCUUGCUGUUUAUAGAGGAGAAGGUUAAGCUGUGUGAAGGUGAGGAUCGCAUUGAUGUCCUGUCUGAAAUCUGGGAUCACUAUUUUACAGAGACUCUUCCUACACUCCAGGCAAUAUUCUACCCAGUCCAGGGUCAGGAAUUGACUAUCCGUCAGAUUGCACUUCUUGGCUUCAGAGACUUGGUCUUGCUAAAAGUAAAGUUGGAAGAAAUUCUUCCUCUGGUCCAGACAAAGCUCCCAGCUUCCAUUGUCCAGAUGCUGUUAAUUCUGCAGAGUGUCCAUGAGCCUACUGGCCCCAGUGAGGGCUACCUACAGCUGGAAGAACUCGUCAAGCAGGUGGUAUCGCCGUACUUGGGUUUGUGUGAGGAUCAAAGCUUCUCUGGUAGCACCUGCUUGCUUGAGAGACGGUACUCCCGAUCUCAUCUUAAGACUGGUGUACUGAAUUAUUCAUCUCACGUGGUGACGAGCCGGCAGCCCAGCGAGAUGGCCCUGACCCCACUGACAGAGCAGGAGGGUGAGGCUUACCUGGAGAAAUGUGGUAGCAUCCGUCGUCACACUGUUGCCAAUGCUCACUCAGAUAUUCAGCUCCUGGCAAUGGCCUCCAUGAUGCACACAGGAAUGGUGACUGAGGAGUCAGACAGUACCGACAAAUGCCUCCUCCUGCAGCCCAGUUUUAGCCACAGGCAGUGCUCCAGUGAGCCCAGUAUUGCUGAUGGGCCAGACGGAGUCAUGGCAGCAGGUAGGCAGGACCCUGCAGAGCUGAACUGCACAUCGGUCAGCUAGAAGAAGUCUUGCUGAGGCGAGAAGAACUGUAUGCACUAAUCUGGACAAAGUGUUGUGUCAUCCCUGCUGGGAAAAAAAAGAAAAAUUUGAGUUUUGCUCAUGUCAUUGAAAUGGCCUUGAGAGAUCUUAUGUCUUUUUGGGAAUGCUCUCUAUGCUUGUUUUCCUUGCUUGUCUGGGAUCGUUGUUGAUGGAGGUACCAGGCUGCUCCCUAAUGAGCACUGAGGGCUGCAAAGGCUUUGCUGUUGAACAGCGCAGUCUAUUGUCUGUAAUGUUUCUUCCUCUACUAGACCAAGCCCUUUGGCCUCAGGUUUCCUUCUGUUUUUUUGGUGUGAUACAAAUUAGCCUCUUUCUGCUUUUCUUCAUCUUUCCCAGUUUUGAGCUGCUUGUUUGCUCUUUGUUGCUGCAGCAGAGAGCACUGUGCUAAAUGUUCACUUUUUUCCUGGUGCUUAGGGUGGUGAUGGCUGAGGACUGCAUUUUUCUCUUUUAAAGUUGAACUCAGGGAUGAAACCAUUUACAUCCUGCAGAAAUAUCUGCUCAGGUGGCUUGUGAGAGAAGGAGAUCCUUUACCUUUGCCUCCCAUGGGCAUGGAUGAAAAGUCCAAAUCUGAACAAAUCAGACUUUUUUUUCCCCAGACCUGAGGAGAACUGAAUAUACAUGGAGUCCCAGCUGAGUACUUUAUAUGUAUUUUAUUUGGUUCCAGUCAUAUCUUUGGGGGUGGUGGUGUAAACUGGGUGCAAAGGAGGGGUGGGCGUGUAAAUUGGGGGCAAAAUAUAGUCCUGACCAUCUUGGUAUUUGGCAUCAAUUUGCCCUCAAAAUUUCGGUGGUGGUAGGGCUACAAUGAAAGGAGAAAUCUAAAUGGAUUCCUUUGGGAAGGAGGCUCUGGGCAGAGUCUGCACUUGUGUAAGAGACAUAAAGGUGCUUCUCAGCACUGGGCCAUUGUGAUUCCAGACCAGGAGGUGACGAACCGGAUUUCAUCCUUGGGCUGCUCUGGUACUUUUAGCACUUGCAGAUUUCAUGAGACCAAAGAUAACUAGUAGAGCAUAGAAAGGAGUCCUGUCUCGGUAGUGUAUUCAUGAAGUGCUCCUGACCUCCAGUGGUAUCUGACUCAGCGCAGGGGUUUUUGCAGUCUUUGUUUUUGUUUUUGUUUUGAAGAUUAGGAGUGGGUCCAGUUUGCAAGUGUCUGUCCCAGGCACUGCAGUCUGCAGUGUCUGCUUUGUGGCAUCACUUGGUACUCAAAUGCUGCUUCUAUGGGAACAGAACCAAUCUGUUUGAGCAGUCCCCUGGGAUACUCCGCUGAUGUCUUGCUAAGCAGAUUUGCAAGUGUAAUUACAGGCUUAGAGGUGAACUGAAAUGCUGCCUUAAAUGUCAAAUCCCAUUAAAAAUAUGUAUAUAACACCACUGCCACUCGAAUCUAGUCCCUGUGGUACUGAUUGUAAAUAAAUCUGUCUUGACAAGGAAACAGAAGGUUAGGACGAGCCUUCAGGAUUUUUUUUGCGUACUAUGACAUUAACUGCAGAAUUUGCCCUGCUUCUGUUGGGCAUUAAGCAUCUUCUGCUCCACUGGCUGCACCAAAAGUACAGCUCCCACCUGUCAGGAUUUGACCUUAGUAGCAUGUGCAGCAAAAAGAAAGCAGUUUAUUAUUUGGUAACAAAGCAUCGGAAAUACCAGUGAGAAGCACAAGUCACACUGCCUUUGUAAACAAGGGUGUUGCUUUGUCUCCUGUGGUUUGCAAAUGUUGAAAGAGAUACUUGAAAGGGCCUGCAUUUUUUUGCAAUCACCUAAGGCACCCUAGCUGUUGGUCUUUGUGGAAAUGUGGAGUGUUUUGAUCACCAGCUGUGCGUACAUGUUGAAGAACAGAGAUUUAGUUGUGCUGGUUGUCUCUUCCUCGGAGCAUGCACAGUCCAGCGGAGGCCAGGAAAAUGUGGGUUUAAGCAGUCUUCCCUUCAGAUGGAUUCUAGGAUAAAUUGUCCUCCUAUUCAUAAAUUGGAUUGACCAGGCCAACUUAUUUGUUGUCAUCUGCCGCAGGGUGGCCAUGGAUUGUGGUGGAGCUUCAGAAUCUCUGUGGUGACAGCCAAACCUAGUAGACCAUGCUGGUCUCACCUUGGCAUGGUCCCCCCAGCGUGGGGCAGAUAAUAGCAUCCUGCUCAAAAGGAGUUUCUGUGGCCCCUUGCAGUGAUUUAAAGCCUUCUCUUAGUCACAGUGAGGCAUGUGGGGAAGUGAUCACCCUGCAGCAUUUCAGUUCACUCUUAUGAAUGCUUUUCUUCUUUCUAUUUCUCUAACCCAUUUGCCUUCUGUAAAUACCUAAACCAUUUGGAUUAGUAAGCAAUGCCCUCUUUUAUGGUGAAAAUUAGAAUGAUUUAUUUAUUUCCUGACAUAUUCUUGGAUCAUCUCUAGGGCUAAUAGAAAUCCAUUCCUGGUUUUAACUUGAAUUUUGUUUUGUUUUACAUAUAUGUAUAAUUUGAAUUAUUUUGAUUUUGUGUCUGUUACUUUGCAAAAAUUUGCACCAAGCCACUCUGAAUCAUGCACUUCCCCAGUUGUUUUGGUUUUUAGGGAGAAUUAAAGCUGGUGGCUUUACUUUGUAAA